AUGAAAUUACACUUCAUUACAUUAACGACCUUAAUUACUGCUUGCUGUGCAGCAAGCAUUCCGGUAGACACCCACAAGGAAGUCAACUUAUUUAAGGAAUUGGAUCUCAAUAUGAGUGGUGCCGAUGCAUUGGACAUCGAAAAAGUUGCUGCUACUGGACUUACAGAUUUACUCAGCAAAGGAAAGAAAGCAUUUUCGUUAGUCAACGUAUUAAAAGAUGUUUUGGGAAUGAUUAGUAAGAUCGAUCAAAUCCAAGACAGUGAGGAAAUGGGGCUUGCAAAAAGAGAUUUUGUUGAAGAUUUGUUAGUGAAAGUCUUUGUCGCAUUAAAGAAAUCAGGGCUUGUGAACUCGAUUGUUAAAAUGUCUUUGACCGAUUGCGACGUGCGUCCAGCGAUCAUCGAUAUUCUAAUCGAACUACUCGAAGCGGAUGUAAUCCCAUGGGAAGAAAUAUUUGUCGCCUUAAAAGAUUCAGGCUUAGCUGUCGACGUUAUUAACGACCUUUUCACCGACCCGGAAACAAGAGAGGGCCUUGUGCAAUUUACAGCCGAAUUAAUCCCAGACUUACUAGCUUCUGGUGCUCUCAGUGGUAAAGAUUUCUGUGUAGUACCUUCGGCUCGUAUACAAUUGAUCAAUUCUACAAUUCCAAAUUUUAAGUAG